AUUUCGAAUCCGUGGCCGGGUGACAUUGCCAGUGUUAAAACAAUUCUUUUUAAUAAUCAAAAACUUUUACAGUUCAUAAAUUAUUGAACGGAUUUUCAUAACUUGUUGAAGUUUUUUAUUUAUAGAUUUCGAUUUUCGAACACUUUUUGAAUAGUUCGUGUUAACUUGGAAAGUAAAUUAAAAAAAUAAAUCUGUAUUGAUGUUUAUUUUACCGAAAAUAAAGCGGUACAUUCUGGUCAUAUCUGGUCGGUUGUCGAAUUUAUUGGUCGAUAAGUGCAAGGCAUGGGCUCGAAUAGUUUCCUAAAAGCUAAAUCUGUAUACCGAACGAAGAGUGGUUCCAGUGGGUCGGAUAAGGAGAUGAAUGGGAAACUUAAGCGGUCAAAAAUCAGGCGGCCGGUGAAGAUGAACGAGUAUGGACUGAAGAGGGUACCGGAUUAUACAGAGUUGGCGUACAAGGAGGCUGUUUCCAAGUUGAGAUAUUUUUUAUCCGGGAACAAUGCACCGAGCGUACGCAGUUAUGGCGGAUCGGCGUCCAUCAAAAACCUGGACGAAUCCGACGGAGACUUGGACAAGAAGUACUCCCCGUACAACGCGCUGUCCGAGUACAAGCCCCGACCGAGACUCACCGCCAAGUAUGCUACACUGUAUGCUGACAGCUUGAACAACUACAAUGCUCCGCAACCUACCAUCCCUACCAUCACUACAACUGCACCGCCUCAGCAGGCGAGCGCGGACCUGUCAGGUGGUACCAACCCUGACGUCGUCAACUUUAUACAGAAGCAAGAAGAGUACAUCGAGCAAUUGGAACGAGAGAGCCAGUAUUGCAGGGAUGAGCUGAACAAUCUUCUCGGAAAAGUUAAGGAAGUGAUAUCAGAGAACGAGCAUUUGCACGAGGCGCAGAAGAACAAGCUGAUUUCUAGAAUGUUCCAUUCAUACAACGCGGGCUCGGAGACAGAUGAACUGGAUGAUCUGGGUGAUAGCACUGGAUUGGACAGUGAUAAUAAGAUUUCUCCAUCCAAAACUCGUAGAACAACUAAACCUCGCUCAACUAAAUUGGAAGGACCCAACAUUGUCUUCGAAUCUCGCAUCUCUGAGCUUGAGGCACAACUUACACAAGCUAAAAUAGACCUUAAGAAGGUUCAGGAUGAAAACAACGAAAAUAAACGCAAGCUCGCCAAUGGUCUGGUUGACUCCACAUGUCUGGAUGGCUUCAAGAGGCAGAUUGAUAAUUUGCAAAGGGACAAAGCUGCUCUAGAAGCACAGAUUACUAAGCUAAAGCUUAACUUAGACCAGAAAGAUGGAGAUGACAAGUAUAAGAGGGGCUCAGAUGCUGUGGAGAACCAGUUGAGAGAGGAGAGGAAUAACUUGGAGAUGGAAAUUCGGCGACUUAAGGAUGAUUUAGCAAAGGAGCGGUCUAAGGUCCGUGAACUAGCUGGCGAAGGAGCGCGUAGAGCUAUACAAGAGAGAAGCGCCGCAGAACAGCGCUACAACGCACACUUCGACGAGUUGCAGCAUGACCUAGCCGCGCAAUACGACAAUGUUUCUAAAUUACAACUGGAUUUAGAAAGGCAACGUCGUGAAGAAAACGAUUUAAAACGUGAACUGUCGAUGAAAAAUGCUGCUGUGGAGGAACUGAAGAUGGAAUUGAAGAACAAAACUGCAUCUCUUCAAGCUGACUUAGCUCAAGCUCACGCAGAGAAAGCAUCGCUUGAAGAGGAACUGGCGAGUGCUAGACUCGCUAUAGAGAGACAACAGCGGCAAGCCAAGCAUGAGUCUAAUCGUCUUAAUUCAGAGAUACAAUCUCUUCGACAACGCUUGGAUCGUGCCGAUGCAGAUUUGGUUCAUUCACGUCGAGAGAAUUUGCGUUUGUCAGAGCAAAUCUCUACUCUGGAGAAGGAGCUGAACAUGAAGAGUUUAACUCCAAUAUCUCCAGAAAAGAAUAAAAAGGAGAAAGAACUUUCGUCGAUGCUGGAGUCCAUGGAGAAUAAACAUGCUAAGACCGUGGCUGAGUUGGAGUCCAUGAUACAAUCACAAAACAGUCUGAUGGAGAAACUCACCAACGAAUGUCGUUUGCUAACAGACAAGCUCGACGACGCAAGUCGUAGGCACAAGAAAGAACUGGCAACUCUGCAGCGUCAAGUAGAGCAUCUCGGACGGACCAUGCAGACUCCGUACUCGCACCCACCUAGCAGUUAUCAAGCACCUUCCUCGCACGCACCCGCAACCAACAGAAUACCAUAUCCCCAACCCCAUUCCGGAUCAGACUAUACCGGAAUUGAGUCCACCGGAGACCCCGCAUUCAGACCAGACCACGGAGUCGGUGUCAAUGUCCACAAUAACCACGAAGCAACAGGAGAUAUAAUCCAAGAACACAUGCAACCUCAUCAUGUCAUAGACAAUUAUAAUACAGAAGUACCCCAAAAUAUACCCUUUGUUGCACAAGAAGUUCAUACAGUUCCAAAACAAGAAAUAAAACCCCAGAAAAAGUUGUCCAAACAAAAUUCAAGAGAGUCAACUGGAAAAGAAAAAACAAUACAAAGGCAACUUUCCAGAGAUAUGAUACAGCCAGCGCAAACUAUGGAAACAGAGUAUGCAUCACAAUUAGAAUCAAAUAUUGCAAGUCAAGAAUAUGUUGCAGAUGUGAAUACAGAAAAAGAGACUAUAGGACUGACACAGGAAGGUGAUGUAAAUCAAAUUGAACAAGUUGAAUAUGUCACUGAAAGCGAACCGGUUGAAGAAGAACUUGCACAACAGUAUGAUAACCAACAGUACAGCGCAGAAGAAUAUCCGAAUUAUGAACAAACCCAGCAAAAUUAUGAACAACCCCAACCAAAUUAUGAACAAACAGAACAAAAUUAUGAACAACCGCAAUACACUGAACAAUAUGAAAACUACGAGCAGUAUUCACAGCAAUACGUAGAUCCGAAUGCUCAAUAUGAAGGACAGUAUGAAAAUAAUUAUCCUACUGACGGAAAUUAUACUGAACAAGUUUACGAUAAUACGCAAUAUAAUCCAGAAUAUACUGAACAACAAUAUUCUGAAAAUGUUGAACCAACAGUUGAAUCAAAUGAAAAUGUUCAAUCGAAUGAAACAACACAAGAUUUGCAAAAAGAUAGUACACAUAAAGAAAAAGUAGCUAGCCAAAGUUAGCGUUAAAAUAUAAGUUAAGUUUGUAUUUAUUUAAUGUGCAAUAUUUUUGUUAGUUAGCUUUAGUUUUGUUGUGAAUUCUCAAGUGUUUGCCGGUUAUUUUGAUAAUUAAAGCUUUUGAUGUUAGAAAUAAAGUGCAAGAAAUGAAAUUUAUUUAACAUUUAGUUAUGUCCGAUUAAAUUAUUUUUUAGGUCUCAUAGUUAUUAAUAAUGAUUUUAGAAUUCAUUAACGAUAUAGCCAUUAAAUAGUUAAAAUUAAGUCAAGGCAAGGAAUAUAGUACCUAACUAGGUAUACCUAUAAUUACACAGUCUUGGAUCUUUUCAUUUUUUUUCUAUAUAAAUGAUUUUUUAUAGAUGUAUCGAGUAAUUAAAUAAUUAUUAUAAUUUUUGCUCAAUAAAAUGGAGUUUAUAGACAAAAAUCUGUUUUUUUUUCAACAUUAAAUUAUGGGUUGUUUAGUUGGUAUGUAUGGUUUUGGAGAGCACUGAAUUGUCGUUAGUUUUCAAAUA